AUGGACACUCUUGAGAUAUUGUGGCAGCUCGACACCAUGGGCCGAGCCAUGCAGUUUCUCAGUAUUUCCAAGACUGAGCCCUUCAGACUCCACAAUUUCAUCGGAGGCCAAUUCCUGGAUAGUGCGCACACACCGGAAUGGAUCGACUCGCCGGCUCCCCGCUCGGGUAAUCUCUUGCUGAAGGUACCUCGCAGCCCUGACAACGUCGUCGACUACGCCAUCAAUGUCGCUGGUCGAGCUUUCACUGAAUGGUCGCAGACCCCCUUUCAGCUGCGGGGUCUGAUUCUGCUUCGCAUUGCGUCAAUCAUGGAAGAGAAGAAAGACAUGUUUGCAGUCUGGGAAAGCAUUGACCAAGGCAAAGCUAUCGGUCGGGCGCAGCUUGAAGUUGACUAUGCCAUUGAGCAUUUCCGAUACUUCGCGACAUACAUUAUGCAGGACGAAAGUGCAGUACGUCUGCAGAAAGGUGCAGCAGAACGGACUUUCAUGCACAAGCAGCGAGUGCCGGUGGGCGUCUGUGCCAUUGUCGUUUCAUCGAACAUGCCGCUUUACCUUUUGACGUUGAAGAUCGCUCCCUGUCUCGCGUUCGGAUGUACAGGUAUCGCUAAGCCAAGCGAGUGGACCAGCAUGACGGCCUUUUUGCUCGCUGAGGUGCUCCGGCAAGCAGCACUACCACCUGGUGUCAUGAAUAUUAUUUUCGGAGAUGGACCCGGCACUGGUUCGACCCUUGUCCGCUCGCCGCAUAUUCAAGGAGUGUCGUUCAUUGGAGAUACCGAAACAAGCAUUCAGAUUCGGAAGGACACUGCCGCCGACAUUGGCAAGCAUCUGUGUCUCGGUCUCAGAGGCAUUAGCCCAACCCUGGUGUUUGGGGAUGUCGAAAUCGAGCAGGCAGUUUCUGCUGCAGCGUACGCGGCGUUCGAAAACAGUGGACAACUCUGUCUGAGCGGUUCUGUGAUCUACGUCCACCGAUCGAUUCACAAUACGUUUUUGCACAAGCUCAAGACGCACAUCCAAGAUCGUUACCGCCUGCGCUUGGGACUCGGUCCAGUUGUUUCUGAGGAGCGUUAUGCCAAGAUCAGAUCUCUCCUGAUACAGGCUCGUGGAGAGCGUGCCCUGUUUCUGACUGGUGAGAUCCCUCAGGAGGUUCCUGAGAAUGGUUUCUGGGUCAGUCCCACGAUCUUGAGCAACGUACGCACCGAUAGUCGUCUGGCACGGGAGGGGAUGUUUGGUCCUGUGGUCGUUGUUUGCCCAUUUGAUAAUGAGGAAGCAGUCAGACUGUGCAAUGACAACCCCAACGCAGUGGGCGCUGUUGUGCUGACCGAUGACCUGCGUCGGAUGAGGCGAGUCACAGAGCACCUUCAUGCAGAGCUGACGUGGGCGAACUGCUGCCUUGGACGUGAGUUUGGGGCGGGGUUCAACGACAUUAGGGCGACUGGCUUGGGGCGUGAAGGCGGCCAGCACAGCCGCAAUGAGUUCACAAGACUGCGAACUAUGCAUCUUCCUGCUUACUAG